AAAAAAAUGAUGCUGACUAAUUUACAGUUCGUUCGUAAAUCACCAAAUGUCCUUAUUACCACCCUUCUCAACUUUUCCUCCAUAUUUGAAUGCGCAUCCGAGAGGCCCCUUACUCUUUCCCACCUGGUAAACGAAUAAAACCGUUACGGGCAAUCUCGCAAUUACGAUCAAAUCUCAGUGGCAAAUUUAACCCCGGCCGAAAUUUCAGAGUCCCGUCGACAUGACCUCGCCGCCCUAAGCCUGUGCUCGAGCCCUGAUAGCACUGCUCCUCACUUCAAAGAUAUCAAAUUCUAUAAAAAAAAAAAAACCUAAUUUACUCUUUUACCCUCUCCGGCCACCCCCCAACACGACUCCACCCUCAAAUUCGGAUAAAAGAUCGGGAAUAAUAUAGUCAAAAAAUUUAUAAACCGUCUUAUAUUUAUAUUUUUGUUUUAAAAAUUUUCUGAAGCCCAUAAAUUCAAAUUCGGAUCGUUACAAAACCUCGGCUCUAUAAAACAAAAUAAAAAACAAAAAACCCGGGCAGGAGCUUCGAUAGCUUGUACCUUGCGCUGUUGAUGUUGUCCUUUGUUCUGCGUUUUUCAUUUUCUCUCUUCGUUGAAAUAAAAUUUAUUUUGCCUUGAAUGCUACAGUGAAGCUGGCGUACUCACCGCCGUCGUCGACUCAACAUUGCUGUUUCCAAGAUUUCUUGGGUUUCUGAGGGAAAAUCAGUUUCAAAUUAUCGGUGCAAAUGGCGGCGAAGUUUAGUAAUGGUUGAUUCAGGGGAAGUUCGAGCGGCAUUUUGAAGAGAGAAAGAUAGAGGGAGAGAGAAAUGGAAGAGGAGAUGGAGAUGGAGAUAGAGCCAGUGUUCGAGGUGAGAGAGAUCGAUCUCGAUUAUGAGUUUGAUGCGGCUCGUUUCUUUGAUUUCACGCGCGAGGAGUCGCCAGCGGAGGCCAGAGAAGCUGAACUUUGGUUCGAGUCGGCCCCAACUUGUCCUCCCUCUCCUUUAGUGACAAAGUUAGUUUUAAGGGAGGAGAGUCUCCUGGAAAAUGUGACUAAGUCGUCUCCAAAAUGUGAAGACAUGGAAGACACUAGUACAUUACAUGAAAAUGAUUCUGAAAAUGUGAUGGCAUUGGAAUUUUCAGCUAUGGCUGCCACUAAUAGAGGCAACGAUGGAACUAACAGAGCGGCCUUCACCAAUAUACAGAAAGUUUUACAAAAGGCUCUGAAUCAACCAUUUCAAUUAACUACAGGCACGACAACUUACAAUCAUAUACCCAGUGAUAAAUUAAAAGCUAAAUUUAAGGGCCUGAAACCAUUAAUGCCCUGGAGCUCGACUUACAUGAAACCUACUGCAAGUCAGUUAGCCAAACAAAAUUGGUCCCCUCAAGUUGCUACAUCCAGAUUUCAGAAGCUACAGGUGCUAAACAGUGAUAGAAGCCAAGGUAAUUCUUCUGUGGUUGAAAGUCAAGCUGCCAAGAGGCAGAAGCUAGAGGGAGGUCUCUCAUGUAAGGUUGAUGAGGCAAAGCAACAGACUAUUUUGGUCCACAAGGCACCUAAAAAGGAUGGAAUAGAUAGAAACACCAUCAGUAGCAAGCUGAAGCUUACCAUUCCAAGGGAACCAGAGCUUGAAACAGCCCACAGGGCUCAAAGAUUAUGGCCUAAGAACAGUACAGAAGAAGAGCAUGUUACAUCUGCCACGUAUAGAUUCAAAGCACGCCCAUUGAAUAGAAAAAUUCUCAAGGCUCCUUCAAUUCCUCUUCCUAAGAAGAGUAUUCCAAAGUUGCCAGUGUUUCAAGAAUUUCACCUAAAGACAUCAGAAAGGGCUGUACACCUCUCGUCAGCUGUAUCAUCCUCCUCAUUCCAAACAAAUGACGCUGAUAAGAGGUCUGAGAAACCUUGUACAAUUGCUGCUAGUGGCAAUGGAACUAGAGAAGCCAGAAGACCAAGUCCCAUGGAUGCCACUAGGCAGGAUGCCUGUGACACAAAGAACAACUUCAAAGCUCGUCGUUUGAAUAAGAAGAUAUUUUCCAGUAAAGGAGAUAUUGGUGUUUUCCGAAAUAUCAAGAGGGAAACCACAGUGCCAAUGGAAUUUAAUUUCCAUACAGAGAAGAAGGUUCCACAAAAUCCACCCAUAGAACUUUUUAGUAAGGGCUCAAAAGAAAAUAGAUUGACUUCUUUCCAACCAGAAAAUGAGAUGAUGCAUUUGGCAAAGGAGAAACCACAUGUGCUCAGCGGAAAGAACAUUCAGUGUGCGAGUGAUGGUUGCUUCACUGAAGUUGGUAAUCAACUGAGCAUGAGGAGCUUGGGCAUCCGCUGAAAGUAAAGGCAGCAGUCCCAGAUGGCUUACCACCACAUGAACAUCCAACUUAAAUAUUCUGCUGUUGGUUUAGAAUUUUGACGGAUCAACAGUUGACAAUUGCAGAAAUCAUAUCAACAUAGGUUUUCGGUGUAUAUGGAAUCUGUUGAUAUCCACUUUACUACAAAUCAAUAUUUAUCUGUGGCAAAAAAAAAAAAAAUCAAUCUUUUAACUCUAAAGAAACUGAACUUUUGUGCUCCAUACUUGUGGGUCACAAGUGCAUAAUACAAUAAAAGUGUUACAGGUUUUAACAAGGCCUCUUACCGAUUCCUUUGACUUCAA